AUGUCCCACCUCGACACGCGCCAUCACGGCGACGACGGCGAGACCGACAGCUCCGUCACCGUCUCACCAACCGCGACAACCACCGAAAACACCCCGCUUCUCUCUUCCGGAUCCAGCUCAAUCACCAUUCGAGAUGGCUCGCCCGCGAGAGAGCAGCAGCAGCAUCAACCGGACCCCAUUGCGGCAUCAGAGAAGCGCCUUGGCUGGAAGCGGACGGCGUGUAUCGUUUCCAGCAUGUGGGUGUUGAUCUUUCUGCAGGCAAGCAACAUGAGCGGCAUGUCCACGGCCCAAUCCACCAUCGCCGCCGACCUGGACUCCUACGAGUCCGCCAUGUGGUUCACCAGCGCCUACAUGAUCAGCAUGUCCUCGGUCGCGCCCCUAGCCGGCCGGCUGUCGAUGAUCUUCUCGUCGGCGACCAUGAUCUUGUUAUCGUCGGGGUGCUUUGCCGUGGGGGCUUUGGUUACUGCGUUGGCGCCGAGUUUUGGCGUGUUUAUUCUGGGGAGGGUGUUGUUGGGGAUUGGGAGCGGGGGGAUCAUGACGUUGUGUAUGAUUGUGGUCAUUCAGCUUACGUCGCAGAAGAGGAGGGGGUUGUGGAUUGGGUUGACUAAUGCGGGGUUUACGAUUGGUGUGUCGGCGGGUGCUAUUGUGUUUGGAGCUUUGCUGCCGGUCUUGGGAUGGCGGCUCCUAUUCGGAGCUCAAGCACCCCUGGCCGCGAUCGCUGGCCUCGGUGUCACCCUCAGCAUCCCCCGCUUUGCCACCGACGAGCAUGUCAAGGAUCGAACGACUCGACAAAAGCUAGCCGGUAUCGACUAUGCCGGCGCGGCCUCUUUGACCAUAACAAUCGUCCUCUUCCUCUACGGCCUCUCAGGCACAAUCCAGCCGCUCCCCAUCCUCCUCUCCAUCCUCUCCCUCGCCAUCUUCCUCCUCGUCGAGUCCCGCGCCAGCGACCCCGUCAUCCCGCUCGCCGUCAUCCGCUCCCGCGGCGUUCUCCUCUCUUGCUUCUCCCAACUCGGCUUCAUGGCCGCCCGCUGGACAGUCCUCUUCUACGCGCCCAUGUUUGUCCUCGCUGUCCGCGGGUUACCGCCUGCUAUUGCUGGGUCUGUGUUGGUGCCUACCAACGCUGGGUUUGGUCUUGGUGGGUUGUUGGUGGGUGCGCUGCAUAUCCGGCACGCGGGGUCGUUUUGGUUGGGGAGUCUGCUGUCGCUGGCGGCGUUUUCACUGGCGCUGUUUGCGCUGUCGUUUUUUAGCAAGGCAGAGGCGUCGGUGGGUGGCUAUGUUGCGAUUUUGUUUGCUAACGGGUUGGGCACGGGUGCCGCGCUCACGUACACGCUUGCUCAUCUACUCCAUCUCACCCGCCCGGAGGUGCAUUUUAUCGUCACGGGUUUGUUGUCCACCUUCCGGGGGUUUGCGGGGAGUUUUGGGACGGCCAUUGGAGGCGGUGUGUUCACGCGAACGCUGCGGGAUGCUCUCACCGAGGGGUUCAGGAGACUAGAUGGCGGAGAGCAGUUAGACAAGGCGAGGGAGAAGCUGAUCACGGUGUUGAUCGGUAGCCCGGCGGCUGUCUGGCAGGGCGGGGUGUUGAAUGCGGCGGAAAGAGUGGUGGCUGUGACUGGGUAUGAGCGGGCGAUGGAUGUUCUGUAUAAGUCGGCGGCUGCGAUGUGCGUGUUGGUGUUGGUCAUGCAGGCCGGGACGGGGUGGGCUGCGCCGGCGGGGGUGAAGGAUGAGGAUGAGGAGUUUGAGGAGGCUGUUGCGGAGAGUGAUCGGGCUAUGGAGGCUUGA